AUGGAAAACGAAGCUAACGGUUUGACAGACUCCUUCUUGGCCAGACAUAAUACAAAUCCUACCUUACGCUUGGAACUGCUUUCUCGUAAUCAAAAUGGCUCACGCCAUGACCAAGGCACAGGGAUGGGGGCAGAGGUAAGAAAGACUGAAUACAGCAUAGCUUUUGGAUGAGGAGAGGGACACUGAUUUUGCUUUUCUGGGACUACGUAGCGGGUUUGCUGGGGCAGGAAGGGCGUUGUAAAAGUCAUUCUCAAUCACCAAAAUUGAAGCUGAGAUCGCAGCUUUUAUCUACCACGACAUAAAAACUGGAAAAAACAUCGAAUGAUCCAGUAAAUUUGAUCGCAGAAGCUUAGUGGAAAAAUUUAUUCCCUGUAUGACAAAAAGAUACCUUAGGGAAUUGCAAAAUAAACUCACGAAAAUCGUUGUUUUUUCGCUGUUGCAACUGUCCCCUUGAGGUGCUUUGCGAUAUCUCUACAGGAAAAAAUAUUACCAAUUUUCAUUUACUUAAAAAAUAAACAGCUCAUAGGUUUAUAAGGCAUCAAAUCGAGCAUUCCAAGCGAACAAAAUGGGUCUAUAUCACCCGCUCGAGGAAUAAGAAUUUUUGAAAAUAAUCUUAUUUUGUUUUAUUUCUCCAGAUUGUCGGGUCAAACAACACUGCUAUCGACUCGUCUGCGGCCGGUUUCUCUUCGGCCGAAGUCUUCCCAACGAACUCUCAAGCUUCAAUCUCCUUUAAAUUGUCUUCACUGAACAUAAGACCUUGGAAUGUUGAAUCUUUAGAGUCCACGAACAACAGUCAUCUUGCGUUGAUGCAAGGAGUAGCCAGAGCAACGGUCCAAAUGAACAGGAGAAUGCGGGAAAGAGAACAGCGUGAAUUGGAGCGGGAACAACUUCAAAUAAACAAGGACAGAAGGGAAAGAGAGAUUAGAAUGAAAAGAAAUAGAGAAAUGAUAGAAAGAGAGAGAAGGGAAAUGAGAAGAUCUAGGAGAGAAUGGCAAGAGGCA